AUGGAGCAUGAAAGUAGCAAACCAGAUAAAAAGAAGAAAUUUCUAAAUAUCAAAUUAUGCGUUUUGUCCAUUCUAAUAUUAGGGAUUCAAUAUUAUAACAAUGAUAAAAUAUCAUUUAAUAAUACAGAAAUAAAUAAUAACUCAGCAAUUUUCUCUUUUAAAAAUGAUCGUAAUUUGGGUGAAUCAACAAAGAAUCGUAAUAAAUUAAAAAUAAAAAAAAAAUAUGUAUCUGAUGAUGAAUCAGAUGAUGAAUCCGAAGAAGAAUCCGACGAAGAGUCAGAAGAAGAAUCAGAAGAAGAAUCCGACGAUGAAUCAGAAGAAGAAGAAUCAGACGAUGAAUCAGAAGAAGAAGAAUCAGACGAUGAAUCAGAAGAAGAAGAAUCAGAAGAAGAAUCAGAUGACGAAUCAGAUGACGAAUCAGAUGAUGAAUCUGAUGAUGAAAAAAUGAAAAAAAAAUAUAAAAAUAAAAAAAAAGAUAGUAAAUCAUAUAAAAAAAUGAUUAAAGAAAACUAUGGUGGUUCGAAACCUAAUCACCCAACUUUUCCACCAAAAUCUGCGUUACAAAAAGGGGAAAUAUCAUCAAUCCCUAAUCUUCCAUUUCCAAUUCCACCAAUACCAGGUAUGCCAAUGCCAGGAAUGCAAGGAAUGCCAAUGCCAUCAGAAGAUGAAAUGAAACAAAUGUUAAAAAUGUUCGGGCAAGCAAUGCAACAACAAGGUCCACCAAAAAACUCACAACAACCAGGACCAUCAAUGCCAAACCUACCAUUCCCAAUCCCACCAAUACCAGGCAUGCCAAUGCCAUCAGAAGAUGAAAUGAAACAAAUGUUAAAAAUGUUCGGAAAAGCAAUGCAACAACAAGGUCCACCAAAAAACUCACAACAACCAGGACCAUCAAUGCCAAAUCUACCAUUCCCAAUCCCACCAAUACCAGGAAUGCCAAUGCCAUCAGAAGAUGAAAUGAAAGAAAUGUUACAAAUGUUCGAACAAGCAAUGUCACAAGGAAAACCACAAUCAGGCCCACCAAUGCCAGAAGCAUCAACAUCAGAAGCAUCAACAUCAGAAGCAUCAACAUCAGAAGCAUCAACAUCAGAAGCAUCAACAUCAGAGGCAUCAACAUCAGAGGCAUCAACAUCAGAGGCAUCAACAUCAGAGGCAUCAACAUCAGAGGCAUCAACGUCAGAAUCAUCAACGCCAGAGCCAUCAACAUCAGACUCACAACAACCAGGCAUGUCAAUACCAGGCCUACCAUUCCCAAUUCCACCAAUACCAGGUAUGCCAAUGCCAUCAGAAGAUGAAAUGAAAGAAAUAUUAAAAAUGUUAGGAAAAGCAAUGCAACAAGACCAAUCAACAUCAGACUCACAACAGCCAAGCAUAUCAAUACCAGGCAUACCAUUCCCAAUUCCACCAAUACCAGGUAUGCCAAUGCCAUCAGAAGAUGAAAUGAAAGAAAUAUUAAAAAUGUUAGAGCAAAAACUGCCACAAGGAAAACCACAAGAAAUGCAACAAGAAAUGCCACAAGAAAUGCAACAAGAAAUGCCACAAGAAAUGCAACAAGAAAUGCCACAAGAAAUGCCACAAGGAAGACAACAAAAAAGACAAGGAAAAUCACAAGGAAAAUCACAAGGAAAAUCACAAGGAAAAUCACAAGGAAGACAACAAGAAAGACCACGAGGAAAACCACAAGAAAGACCACAAGAAAGACAACAAGAAAGACCACAACCAGGCCAAGCAAUACCAAACAUACCAUUUCCAGUGCCAGGGAUGCAAGGAAUGCCAAUGCCAUCACAAGAUGAAAUGAAACAAAUGUUAAAAAUGUUCGGAAAAGCAAUGCAACAACAAGGCCGACCAAUGCCAGGAAUGCCAGGAAUGCCAGGAAUGCCAGGAAUGCCAGGAAUGCCAGGAAUGCCAGGAAUGCCAGGAAUGCCAGGAAUGCCAGGGAUGCCAGGAAUGCCAGGGAUGCCAGGAAUGCCAGGAAUGCCAAUGCCAUCACAAGAUGAAAUGAAACAAAUGUUAAAAAUGUUCGGAAAAGCAAUGCCAGGAAUGCCAAUGCCACCACCAGGUGAUCUAAGUCAAAUGUUAAAAAUGUUUGGACAAAUGAUGCAACAAGGAAACCCAGGAAGUGGCCAUCAUGGACGUGGUAAAAAACAGAAUAUGCCACAAAUGCCAGGUAUAAGUCAAUUACUACCAAUGAUGAAUAUGCUUGGUUUACCAGGUGUAAACCCUUUUAGUAAACCAUCAUCAGAUACAAACUGUGAUUGCUCUGAUUGCAGGAAAAAUGCAAAAAAAAUGAGUAAAAGAAAAAAACAUAAACGAGGUGGUCUAAAUAUGCCUAUUGUAUCAAUGAUUACUAAACAAGCCCUUGAAUAUAUUCCAGUAAUGUUACCAUUAAUUCCAACAUUUUUGUUGAUGUUUUCUGGAACUAGAUUUACAUAUGUAGUAUUAUAUACACUAUCCUUAAUAAAGGAUGCCUACAAUUUUAUACAAAGUAAAGGACUUUUUUAA